CGAUCCAGACGCACACGCAGCGCACAUCAAACGGUUUAGAUUGAUGGAUGUAAAUGGAUAAGAUCCUCGUUUGGACCAGAACUAGAUCGGAAUAGUAAAAAGUUAAGUGUAAUGCGAAUUAAUAGUUCAAGGUCCUACAAUUAGUGAACAGAGUAGGGCAAAAGUGAUUAAGGUUUUUGGAGUAUUACAAGAAUUUGAGAUCAGUAAUCAUUGAUGGAUAUGGGAAUCGCGGAAUAAAGUGAAUUCAGCUGUAAAAAGAAGUGAAAAUAAAACAACAAAUAUGAUAAGAAAAAAGUUAUUCGUAAAGCUGUUCCUCCUGCUUGCAAUUGUUUUACCAUUGGGAUCAGGACAAAACAGCACCCUGAAGAUCAAUACAAACGUGAAAGACAUCGAAGCUGGGGCCGUGGCCUUGCCCUCCAUCCAGGGACCCGGGAACAUCUGCAUCCGCGAGGAGCCAUAUGUGGAGCAUGUCCAGGUGCCGGAGAUGCAGCCGGUGCGUGUGCGGACCUCAAGUUGGUGCAUGGAGAUCCCGCCGCGGUGCGCCACCUUCAAGACGGAAAUGCGCGAGGUGAUGAGGGUCCAGAAAUUGAACAAAACGCGAACAGUUCGCUUCUGCUGCCAAGGAUACGAGGGAAAUCUGUCGGAUAGUCAAGCCACAUGCAAGCCCAUUUGCAGGGGCGGUUGUGGGCGUGGCAGUUGCGUAAUGCCUGAUAUUUGCAGCUGCGAGGAGGGCUAUAUUGGCAAGCAUUGCACACAGCGAUGUGAUCACGAUCGCUGGGGACUGGACUGCAAGAAUCCAUGCCAAUGUCAAAAUGGAGCAGCCUGCGACAAUAAAUCGGGACUUUGUCACUGCCUUGCCGGUUGGACAGGACAAUUUUGCGAGCUGCCUUGUCCUCAGGGAACUUACGGCAUCAUGUGCCGCAAGGCCUGCGACUGCGAUGAGAAGCCUUGCAAUUCACAAACGGGUGCGUGCAUCCAGCAGGAUCAACCUCUACAACUGAAUGUCAGCCACGUCAUUGUGGAGACUGUGAACUCCACGCUGGAGAAAAUGGGCAUUAUUCCGCGUCCCACCACGCCCGUUCCACUGCCGGAGGUCAUUGUAAUUAAGCAACCGGCCAGCAAUGAAAAUGCCCAACACUCGCCGAAGAUCAUUGUCCACCAAUCGAGCAGUGACCUGCUCGAGAACCUCCAUACGGCUGCAGCCGCCGGUGUUCCCACUCCGGAGGUAAUCCACGUCAUCACCAAUGGCAUCACCUCGCCACAGGAGCAUCUGGCCGGAUUCGUUGGAGGUGAGGCCAACACGGGGACAGCUGAUCAUCAGUCCGGCUUGGUAAUCACACUGGUCAGCAUAAUGCUCCUCCUGCUGGUCGCUAUUGCGGUGGGUUCACUGUACGUGUACCGGAGGUAUCACCACAAGAACUCCGCCGUAUACAAUGCCAACGGAACGGUGACCACGCUGCCAGCAAAUCCGGAUGUGGUUCUUACCGAAGCCGCGGCCCUGGGAAAAAACUUCCACGAACCACUGCCCGAACCGCCCGUGGUCUUUGCUCUCACGCCCCAAUCAAACGAGGCACAACCAGAGGUAUAUGACAGUCCCAGCAACAACUCCUCAAUUAAAACCCCGCCCUAUGCCUAUGCCAGGAAGGAGUCACUCUACUCGGUGGUUUCGCCCAAAUCUCGAAAGGGAAGCCUGGACUCGCACCUGUACGACGAGAUCCGCUACCACCAACAGCACCACCAUCAGCAGCACCAUCCACGGAGCCAUCAGCAUGUUCAGCACUCCACCACCGCCUCCCAGUUUUUGCCGGCGAGACCACAGAUCAUGCCCGUGAACGAUCAGUUCUCCAAUGGAAGUGUUCAUCCACAUCAGCGGUCGCAUCAUGUCACCCACUUGAUAAUUCCGCCACAGAACUCCAACUUCUUGCAGGUUCCUGCCCAAAUCACAGCCAAAAGAGUUGCCCACCUGUAAAUUGUAUUGCUCACACAAAGGAUUUUUCGCAGCAUAUGAAAAUGUGUCAGGCCUUUGGUAACUUUUAAAUAUUGUACAAAUCUGUAUUAAUUUAAACUUGAAAUGUGCCCUUCCAACAUACACCAGGUAAUCUUUAACCAUAUUCAUCCAAUAAUAUGUACCAAAAGUCACAUUUAAAGUCUGCGAGUUUUCACAACUAUACUUAUUUUUAUAACAUAUUUAGAUUAAUAAUAAAUGAAUGUACCAAAUGUUAA